UACGCGGGUUUAUUUUCCUUUAUUUUUUAAUCUGUACUAUUUAUCGUCUUCCCAAACGAGCGGAAAUCAUUUUCAAUUAAUUAUUAAUAUUUGGAUAAGCUCAACAUUGAAAUAAGUAUAGAACAGAAGAAGCUCAGAGGUCGUAUGUUCUAAUGUCCUGUAUACACGGAGUAUGAUUUAUACGUACUGAACGUACUACUUACUGUUGGAUCCUUCAAAAAUCCUAUUCUUAUACCGACGAUUCACACAUAGCUCUAGAGUUGACUAGACCUGAAGAUUCAUGGAGCUCAAGCCUGGCCUAUCGGCCUUGGUCACCGGCGGCGCCUCCGGAAUCGGUAGAGCACUUUGUUUGGCACUUGCACAGAAGGGAGUUCUCCUCACCAUUCUUGAUUUUUCCGUGGAGAAGGGAAACGAAGUAGCAUCUCUGGCAGAGAAAGAGAUCUCCAAGGUCCAUUCUGAUCUGGAGAUUCGGCCUGCCACAUUCAUCAGAUGUGAUGUUACUAACAGAGAGAACUAAAAUCUGCUUUCCAGAAGCACGUUGAAACUUAUGGAGGACUGGACAUCUGCAUUAACUCUGCAGGAUUGGCUAGUAAUGUGCCUUUUUCUAAAGAUAAAACUGAUGGAGACAAUACUUGGAGGCACAUACUUAAUGUUAACCUCGUAGCUGUUAUUGAUUGCACUAAGUUUGCUAUCCAAAUCAUGCAAACAACAGGAAAGCCGGGUGUGAUCAUAAACUUAGGCUCUGCUUCAGGACUGUAUCCUAUGUAUGGAGACCCUAUCUAUUCGGGUUCAAAAGGAGGUGUUGUUAUGUUCACUAGAUCACUGGCUCCAUACAAGCGUCAAGGAAUACGAGUGAAUGUUCUUUGCCCUGAGUUUGUUCAAACAGACCUUGCUUCAAAGGUGAAUCAAGACUUUAUUAAUCAAACAGGAGGGUAUAUUCCAAUGGAUAUGGUGGUGAAAGGUGCCUUUGAACUUAUCACAAAUGAGAACAAGGCAGGGUCAUGUCUGUGGAUUUCCAAACGUAGAGGAAUGGAGUAUUGGCCAACUCCAGCUGAAGAAGCAAAAUAUAUUGUGCAUUCUUCGAAAUUGAAGAGAAUAUCUUCAACUUUUGUCAUGCCGAAAUUUCAAAUUCCACAAAACUUUGAGAAGAUAGUUGUUCAUACCCUGAGUCACAAUUUUCGAAGUGCUACCAGAAUUGUGCGAGUUCAAUUGAAGUUGCCCCUCAAACCAGAUCACGUCCUUUUCAAAGUUGUAUAUGCUGGUGUCAAUGCUAGUGAUGUCAAUUUUAGCUCUGGUCGUUACUUCAGUGGGGAUAAAGAUCUUGCUUCCCGCCUUCCCUUUGAUGCUGGAUUUGAGGCUGUAGGCAUAGUUGCUGCGGUUGGUGAUUCAGUGACUAACUUGAAGGUUGGCACUCCGGCUGCCAUUAUGACAUUUGGUGGCUAUGCUGAAUUCGUCAUGGUUAAUGCCAAACACAUUCUUCCAAUUCCGAGGCCAGAUCCGGAAGUAAUUGCAAUGCUUACAUCUGGACUCACGGCAUCAAUUUCUUUAGAAAAGGCUGCUCAAAUGGAAUCAGGAAAAGUGGUUCUUGUCACUGCUGCUGCUGGAGGGACAGGGCAGUUUGCAGUGCAGCUUGCUAAGUUAGCUGGAAAUACAGUAGUUGCAACUUGUGGAGGUAGUGAAAAGGCCAAUCUCUUGAGAGACUUGGGAGUUGAUCGUGUAAUUGACUACAAGAAGGAAGCUAUAAAAUCUGUUCUGAAGAAGGAGUUCCCAAAAGGAGUUGAUAUUGUCUACGAGUCUGUUGGUGGUAAAAUGUUUGACUUAUGCCUAAAUGCUUUGGCAGUGUAUGGGCGACUUGUUGUCAUUGGAAUGAUCUCUCAGUAUCAAGGAGAGCAUGGCUGGAAACCGCAAAAUUACCCUGGAUUAUGCGAAAAGCUUCUAGCUAAAAGUCAAACUUUGGCUGGUUUUUUCCUGGUACAAUAUGCUCAUCUGUGGCAUGAGCAUUUGAGUAGGUUGAUACAUUUAUUUUCCUCUGGAAAGCUAAAAGUUGCCAUAGAUCCAAAAACAUUUGUGGGACUCAACUCUGUUGCUGAUGCUGUUGAGCAUCUCCACUCCGGUAAUAGCACUGGAAAGGUUGUGGUUUGCAUAGACCCUUCGUUCAGCCAACAAGUCGCAAAACUGUAAACUAGAAAGCACCAUUUUAAACCAGAUCCGGAGUAUGUUAAUUAUUAGUAAUCACAUCAAAAACAAUAAUAACAAUAAUAUUCAUAAUAAAAGUUGUUGCAAUGGCCAUCAAUGGCGCUUCUAUAGCUGCAUGCCUGCAUGUAUAGUUGUUGAGAGAAAAGUACUAGCAUUGUUCUAGCGCCAAUAGAGUAACCAAAAACUAAAAUGAUAAUAGCAAAUAGCAAUGAUAACGUUGAACUUUAUUUUGUUUUUCUUGUUAUGUUUACUUACUUUCAUACUCUGUUUUCUUCAUUUAAUUUAGUUGGUUCUAAUGGAACGAUUCUGCCCAGUAGGCUUGAGUGUUCGACACGAAUACAGACCAGGACAGGGUAGUUAUUUGCCUGAGGUGAAACCCAAAUUCUGAUAAGUGAUAUGAAAUGGUAACUGUUGAAAACCAGAUCAUGAACCGCGUACGAAUCUGGUGGGCAACCUGGCGCGACCCAACAUUGAGCAAGGUUUUUACAAAAUUGGUAUAAAAUGGCCGUUUUGAAGUCAAAAUGGGAUCGGGUCCAUCCUACCUGUUUGAUGUCUUUCAACUUCAAGUCAUGCGUAUGGAGAGGCACGGUCCCUGUUUUGAACUAGAAUCUUAGGACAUGUUUACUUCACGGUUUAUUAAGACUCGCGUUAAUAAGCGGCAUAUUAAAUAAGUGGUAUUGUAAGCUCAUGUUUACUUCAAAAGAUUUAAAACAUCGUUUAACAUUAAAAUGUCCAAUCUCUCUCUCUCUCUCU